UUCGUAAAAUAAACAAAAAUUUCAAAAAAAAAAUGCGAUAAGCAAUUAAAAUAAUGUAAAAAUCGUCAUUUCACUUUAUAAUUAUCUUAACUAUGAAAGACUUAAGCACAGUGAGUGACGAAGAAUUGUUAAAAUUUUUCAAUUCUUUCGACAUCGUUCUUUCUGACAUCAACGGUGUGCUAUGGAACAUUUUGGAGGGCAUCCCCGGCGCCUCCGACGCCAUAAAAUCCUUGAAAAAAAUCGGAAAAAAAGUCAUUGUUGUAUCAAACAACACAACCGAAUCUCUCGAUUCGUGCCAUCAACAAUUGAAUGCUUCAGGCUUUGAUUUGGAAAAAGACGAAAUCAUUUUACCAACUCAAGCAAUGAUUUCCUACCUAAAAUCACAAAACUUCACCAAAAGUGUUUUUAUUCUGGGAAUGCCGGCAAUGAAACAGGCGUUCAAACAAGCCGGUUUUAAAGUGGCAAACAACGAAAAUAACACAAAAGUCAACUCACUUCAAGAGUUUGGACUUGUCACAAACACCGAUGAGAGUGAAAUCGGUGCCCUUAUUGUGGAUAUUGACCUCAAUAUUGACUUCGUUAAUCUUCAAAAGUCUGUCAAUUUGUUAAAACAACCCCAAAGCAUUUUUCUAGUUGGAGCUACAAAUAUGGCUACUCCUCUCGGUUUAAAUCGAGUUAUGUUAGGUCCAGGAUGUUAUUUGCGGAUUCUGGAGGAGGUUUCAGGUCGCAAGGGAGUACAAAUGGGCAAACCGAGUCCCAAUUUAAACACUUAUAUUGUUCAAAAGUAUGGAAUUAAAGAUGCGUCCAAAGUUUUGUUUAUUGGAGAUUCAUAUGGGCUUUGCGACGGAAUGUGGCUACCAAAAAUUGCUCGUUUUGAGUGGUUUGACCAAAAAAAGGGAUUUGGACGUGUGGAAGUUUGACGAUAAGUACAAACCAGAGUUUUAUGUUGAGAGUUUGAAAGUUGUUCACGAAUUGAUUGCUAAAAUAAAUAAAUCAAACUAAAAA